CUACAACACAUUUAAAAGCCUUUCUUUUAUUCAUGCUUUACAUAUGUUAAAUCAAAGAGAACUUUUCAACAUUUAUCCUUCAGUGCUAAUAGACUAUCACUGAUAAGAUGUAAAGUGUUAAUUUUUCCAAAAAUAACUGUUCCAAUAAUCAUAAAAAUGCUGAAGACUGGAUCUGAUAACUGACCAGGCCAGUAAUGAGUUAACCAAUAAUUAUUAGGAUGUUAUAAAAAAAAAACAAAAAAAAACAGAACAACACAAGAUCCCCCUACUUGCUUUUUCAAGAACUGUCAAACACAUCUCACAGUCUUUAUCAGCAGACAGAGUAAGGAUUGCAUAAUGCAAUCGAAUUUAAUACUGAAAAGAAAUGACAGCUGACCAUCUGCUUCACUGUUUAGCAUGUUGUCAGUACCUCAAACAUAGCAAAUGGUCCAAAGAGCUAAUAAUAUUUUUUCCCAACAUUUCUAAAUUGAAUUUCCUAUCACUGUUUAAAUGAUCACUGUCCCUGUUGAAGUCGAGUGAGGCAAAAAUACCUCGAAAUCCAAAACUCAUUAAGAAAACUGUAUAGGAUACGUAUAAUACAGUAUCUUGUGUUUACUUUUUGUACAUCUCGCGAGAUUUCAGCAAGCGGCGCAGAAACCCCUCCCACUACCUGUUCGUGUUACCAUGGCAACACCAAGCUCUGGGGGUCAGUUAGUUCAACUCGGUUCGAGAUCUCCUGAAACCGCUAAUGGCAGGAAAAGCUGGGAUGUGGAGUCUGGUCAAAGAGAGAGUCCAAAAAAAAAACAUUGCAGCCAGACGAAAAGAUUCAACUGUCAGGACAAAGGACUCUAUAAGCACCGUGUCGUGUUUAGACGAACUGCACCAUGAUGACAAUACUCGGAUGGCGAUAACAAUGGAGAAUACGUACCAGAUGGGGCCUUAUAAGCGCUUCUCUGUCGCUGCGGUCACAGACAUACUGGAGGAUGUCCUCACCAGUUACCUCCAAGAGGAGAGAUAUGAAGGAGAGUGGUCUCAAAAAAUGACAAAAACAAUAUGUGAGGUGAUUAGGGCCCGUGUGAAGGACUUAAUGAUCCCCAGAUAUAAAAUCAUCAUCUUGGUCCACAUCGGCCAGAUCACCGGGCAGAGCAUGCAAAUGGACAGCCGCUGUCUGUGGGACAAAUCUAACGACACCACAGCCUCAUAUUCUUUCAAGAACAGAUCUCUGUUUGGUGUGGCGACUGUUUACGCUGUUUACUUUGAGUAAAUAAUAGACACACUGAACCAAACAGUUACUUUAGUCACACAUUUGUCAUGGUUACUUUCUGCUGUUAAAGGUUUAUGUUAUGCCAUGUAUAAAGUGAUAAAACAAGAAUUAUUAUCCAAAAAUCAUGGUGGUUUUUUUUUGUUUUAUUUGUGCUAGCAUGGAAACUUAAAUCACUUCAUUCUAUUAAAAUUUUGAAGAUUGAAGUCUUGUUGACAGCGAUGAUCCAUCACACACAUAUCUGGAUAGACAGACAGAUAGAUAGAUAGAUAGAUAGAUAGAUAGAUAGAUAGAUAGAUAGAUAGAUAGAUAGAUAGAUAGAUAGAUAGAUAGAUAGAUAGAUAGAUAGAUAGAUAGAUAGAUAGAUAGAUAGAUAGACAGACAGACAGACAGACAGACAGACAGACAGACAGACAGACAGAUAGAUAGAAUAUAUUCUUUGUAGAUUAGGCUAAACAUUUUCUUUAAACAUUAAUAGAACUUGGAGGUUUUGUUAGUCAGUGCUGUAGGAACCUUACCUGCUUUCUGGGCUUUUCUAGUGCAAAUAUCUGCUGGGACUUUCAGAACAAAAGAUUGCAUAAAUCUAUGUUCAUAACAUCACUUUGAUAGAUUUGUUGCACAAUACGUUUCAUAUACGGCACUGUUGUGAUUUGUUGCACAAGUUAUACAGUUAUGUAAAAAGGUCUGAGCACAUCUGGAGUGAUGACAAUAAAGUACAAAGUCAUAUUCCAUGAACUUGACAUCUUUGAUUAGAUUCUUCUUCAUUUUUCAGAGGGCUCUUUUCAGGAACAAAUGGUUGAAGGGCCAGUGUUAUGAAUAAAACUGAAAGCCUGAACUUGUAUAUAAAACUUUAGGAAUAUGUAUGUU